AUGGCUUUAUCAAAUGCAAAUAUUGAUGUAGAGACUUCGGCCCGUGCAGACGAUAUGCAACACGCAAACCCUACCGAGGGCGUAGAGCCCAACUCCAUGGCGAUGCACGGUUUCAAGCUCUAUACCAUCUUUAUAGGCAUAUGGUUCAGCCCCUUUAUGAAGUCCUUGGAUGUCUUCGUCAUCGCAACGGCCAUUCCAUCAAUCACUGCCUACAGUGAAUAUGUUGCUUUUUGGGGCAAAGCCACAUAUGAGACAGCCGACCAUGAACACGGAAUAGAAUGA